GGGGUUUGGACUAGAUUAACCCUGGAGGUCUCUUCAGCCCUACCUCCCUAUAAUUCUGUAAUACUGUUUAUAAAAAAACAGGUAAAUGUACUUAUACAAAAAUAUGGGGAGUUUUCAGUCAACAGUCUGAAUGAAUUAAAAUGAAUAGCAAUGUUCUUUCUCUAUACUUAGGUGGAAAAGAGCUAUUUUUGACAAAGGAACAGAAAAAAUAUUAUAAUGCAUUGAAGAAACUUGGGACCAAGAAACCACAAAAACCCAUCCCAAGGCCGCUGAACAAAUUCCAAGGUUUUGUUUUUGACAUUGUAUCCCACCAAGCAUUUGAUAUUGCCAUUGCAAUUUUCAUCUGUCUUAACAUGAUUGCCAUGAUGGCGGAAAAUGAGAAUCUAGACACUAAAAACGUUCUUAGUAGGAUCAACUUGGUCUUUGUUCUCAUCUUUACUGGAGAAUUCAUCCUGAAAUUGCUGGGCCUAAGACAUUACUACUUUACCAAUAGUUGGAAUAUAUUUGAUUUAGUUAUUGUGAUCCUUUCGUUAAUCAGUUUGGCACUUGCUGGAGCCUUUGAGACUUUGCUCUCUCCUACGCUUUUGAGAAUUAUUCGCUUGGCACGGAUUGGCCGAAUCCUAAGACUAAUUCGAGCAGCUAAAGGAAUUAGAACGCUCCUUUUCGCAUUAUUGAUGUCCCUUCCUGCUCUGUUCAAUAUUGGUCUGUUAUUGUUUUUUGUCAUGUAUAUUUAUGCUAUUCUUGGCAUGAAUAAUUUUGCCUGUGUUGGUUGGCUUGGCGGGAUUGAUAACAUUUUCAACUUCCAAACCUUUGUUGGCAGCAUGCUCUGUCUCUUCCAAAUUACAACAUCAGCUGGGUGGGAUGGGCUUCUGAACCCUUUGUUAAAUAGCACUUCAUGUGCUCCAAAUUUAAAUCUAACAAAUUUAAAUGUUAGUUGUGGAGACCGUUCUAUAGGUAUUCUAUUUUUUGUUAGUUAUAUCAUCAUAACAUUUCUCAUUGUUGUAAACAUGUACAUAGCUGUUAUUUUAGAAAACUUCAAUGUUGCUACUGAAGAAAGCACAGAACCUCUAAGUGAGGAUGACUUUGAUAUAUUUUAUGAAAUCUGGGGAAAAUUUGAUCCUGAAGCAACUCAGUUUAUUAAGUAUUCUGCACUUUCAGACUUUGCAGAUGCUUUGGCAGAACCCUUACGCAUACCAAAACCAAACUACCUUGAGCUUAUAGCAAUGGACCUUCCCAUGGUCAGCGGAGAGAAGAUCCAUUGCUUGGAUAUCUUGUUUGCUUUUACCAAACGAGUGUUAGGAGAAUCUGGGGAUAUGGAUGCUCUGAGAGUACAGAUGGAGGAAAGGUUUAUGGCUGCCAACCCAUCCAAAACUUCUUGCAAACCAAUCACAACUACUCUUAGAAGGAAACAGGAGGAGGUUUCUGCCAUUGUUAUUCAAAGGGCUGUCAGGAGUUAUUUGCUUCAGUGUUCUGUGAAAUAGGCCUCUUAUACCAUCUCAGGAAUUGUGACAAUUAUAUCUGUGAAAAGGAGGCCCCUAAGAAGGAAAAUUAAUUGCAUUCAUACUGAAUGAAAAUUAUGGUAGUCAGCUAGAUAAAUCACAAACUGCCUUUUCCAUGUCUUUCCCUUCAACUUAUGAUAAUAUCACUGAGCCUAUUGAUAACCUUCAGGUUAUGGCAAUUACCACACUCCAGCAGCCUCCCAUAUCUUGUGCAUCAGC